AUGGCUCCCAGCCGUUUCGACAACGAGGCCCCCGACCUCGCGGGCUCGGCCGACGGCUCGUCUAAUUAUGGGCUGACCACGAAAUGGCCUGAAGCAUACGAUCUUGCCGGGUCCAACAUGCCAUGUCGUCUCGAAGGAGAGAUUGGCGACCUCGUUGUCCUGGGCGAGAUCCCGAAGGAGAUCGACGGGACCUUUUAUAGAGUCAUGACGGACCCCUUCGUGCCGCCGCAUCCCGGCAACGUCCCGCUCGACGGCGACGGCAACAUCUCGGCAUUCCGCAUCAAGGACGGGAGGGUCGACAUGAAGAUGCGGUACGUCGAGACGGAGCGCUACAAGCUGGAACGCAAGGCCAACAAGGCGCUGUUCGGCCUCUACCGCAACCCGUUCACGCACCACCCCUGCGUCCGCGCCGCCGUGGACUCAACCGCCAACACCAACGUCGUGCUCUGGGCAGACCGUUUCCUUGCGCUCAAGGAGGGGGCGCUGCCCUACUCUGUUGACCCUCAGACCUUGGACACCAUCGCGUACGACCCGUUCGGGCAAGUCAAGGCCAAGACGUUUACGGCGCAUCCCAAAGUCGACCCCUAUACCAACGAGUUGGUCGUCUUCGGGUACGAGGCCACAGGGCUUGCGUCACUCGACAUCGUCAUAUACGCGCUGGAUAGCCAAGGUGUCAAGCACGACGAGCAGUGGAUCAAGUCACCGUGGUGCGCGCCGAUACACGACUGCGCCAUCACGCCCAACUGGAUCAUCCUGGUGCUGUGGCCCUUUGAGACCAGCGUCGAGAGGAUGAAGAGAGGCGGCCAUCAUUGGGCCUGGGACUACGACCUCCCCGCAACCUUCAUCGUCGUCCCUCGCCGAAGCACAACCAGGCUGCCGCCCGGUUGGCAGCCGGGCGAGAGCCGGGUGUACUCGUGGAAGAACUGCAUGCUCGUCCAUACGGGCGGUGCGUGGGAGAGCGAGGAUGGCGGAACGCUCUUCAUCGAGACGACGCGGGUUCACGACAACGGGUUCCCGUUCUUCCCGACGAACGAUGGGAGGUAUCCGCCGCCAGACCCCAAGUCGGAUUAUGUCCGGUGGACGCUCGACCUGUCCCGGCCGACGAACGGCAAAGUGCCCGACCCGGAGACCGUUCUGGAUAUACCAGCAGAGUUCCCCCGACUGGACGAGAGGUUCCUCUCCAAGCCAUACACCUACGUCUGGAUCAACGUCUUCCUUCACGAGCACCAGAGUGGCGAGGGCCACACCAUCGUGAACGGCCUCAACGGCCUCGCGAUGCACAACGCGGAGACCAAGAAGACGCGGUACUUCCGCGCGGGCGCCGAGUCCUUCUGCCAGGAGCCCAUAUUCAUCCCGAGGGCUGACGAUGCGCCGGAGGGGGACGGGUGGGUGAUGUCCAUGGUGGAGCGGCGGGGGGCGAACAGGAACGAGAUCGUCGUGCUGGACACCAGGCGGUUCGAGAGGCCGGUCGCCGUCAUCCAGCUGCCGUUCCACGUCAAGGCGCAGGUCCACGGCAACUGGGUCGACCAACGGAGGUUGAAGACGUGGAAGAAGCUGGCCAGGGACGCGGAGGUCGGGCCUAUCAGUGGCCAAGGGGCCUUGGAGCCGCUGUGA